AUGAUGUCGGGUAUUCAAGGCCAGAUUCUCGAGGUCACUGUUGUUGGGUGUCAGAAAUUGAAAGACACGGAAUGGUUUUCGAGGCAAGAUCCAUACGUUGUUCUUGAGUAUAGCGGUACAAGGCACCGUACCAGAACCUGCACAGAUGGUGGGAAAAACGCUGUGUUCCAAGAGAAGUUUAUGUUUACUUUGCUUGAAGGUCUUAGGGAUAUAAAGGUAGCUGUUUGGAAUAGCAAUACACUCUCUACAGAUGACUUCAUUGGGAAUGCAACGAUUCAAUUGCAGAAGGUUCUUGCUCAGGGAUAUGAUGACUGUACCUGGACUUUGCAGACUAAAACUGGGAGAUUUGCCGGAGAAGUAAGACUCAUAUUGCAUUAUCCAGGAGCAAAGAAACAGAAUUACGGGUCUGCGCCAUCCGCACCACCGUAUGCGCCUCAAGUACCUCACUACUCAGCACCGCCUUCUCCAUCUCCGUAUUCAUCAGCACCAUACUCUGGACCAUCUCUAUACCCACAAGUACAAUACUCUCAGCCACAAUCUGCAUACCCACCAGCUUCAGCUUAUCCUCCUCAGCCAUCUGCCUAUCCUCCUCCCUCAACCUCGGCUUACCCUCCGGCUCCUUCAGGUUAUCCUCCCGUUCCUUCAGCUUACCCUCCUCCUCCACCAUCCUCAACUUACCCUCCGUCUCCAUACCCUCCUCAACCAUCACCAUAUUACCCACAAGGUCCAUACCAAGGACAAUACCCGCCUCCUCCGUACUAA